AUUUUCAAAUUAGUCUGUUUAGUUGAAGAAGAAUAGCCUUACUUGUUACUUGUAUUUGUCCUCCUGGCAGUCUGAAGGCUGGGGAGUCGUCAUUUUUUUUUUUCACGUGACUGAUGUCUCUAUCUGGUAACAGUCCGGUUGACAGGAAGUUGCAUGAGAUGAUGAGAGAUGCGCCAGCCAUGAACGAGAGCAGCAACGCCGUGCACUCUGGCACCACUGCCCCAUCCAGUCAGCCCGACGGCUAUUACCAGCAUCCCAAUUCUCUGCCUCUCAACAAUACUGCAGCUCCUGCGACCAACAAUGUCUCUCCAACAAGCCCAAAUCAGAAUGGAGAUCUUCUGAAACCUCAACAGUCCAAGAUAGAAACAAUCAAGAACUGGAGUAUUUCAACAUACAAAUGCACCAAGCAGCUCAUGUUUGAGAAGCUUGGCAAGUCUUCAAGAACUGUUGACACUGAAUUGGAAUCUCAAAUAGAGCAGCUGAGGGACACGCAACGAAAGUAUUCCAACAUUUUACGAUUAUCCCGUGCUCUAGCUAGUCAUUUCUAUCAUGUAGUACAAACUCAGCAUGCACUAGGCGAAGCAUUCUCAGAUCUGGCACAAAAGUCUCCUGAGCUACAAGAGGAAUUUCUGUACAAUUCAGAAACCCAAAGGAAUCUCACUAAAAAUGGAGAAACGCUGUUGAAUGCGUUGAAUUUUUUUGUGUCGUCAGUGAACACUUUGUGCAACAAAACUAUUGAAGACACGUUAUUAACCAUCAGACAAUAUGAGACCGCCAGGAUAGAGUAUGAUGCGUACAGAACCGACUUGGAGAUGCUGAUCCAAGCGCCACGCAGCGAUGCGGGCACAGCGAGGCUGGAGGAGGCCACACACAACUUCGAGCAGCACAAGGAGAGUUUCGAGCGGUUACGGUCAGACGUGUCGGUCAAACUCAAGUUCCUCGAUGAGAAUAGAAUAAAAGUGAUGCACAAGCAGUUGUUGUUGUUCCACAAUGCGAUAUCAGCAUAUUUCUCAGGCAACCAACAGGCGCUCGAUGCCACUCUCAAGCAGUUCAACAUCAAGAUCAAAUCUCCCAACUCUUCGAUUCCAUCCUGGCUCGAACAAUAGGAAUCGCCCAACACAUAACUAUAACAAUAAUUAUUGUACCAUUCUGUUCUGUGAUCUGAUCAUGGUAACUUGUUGAUGAUUAUCAUUGUCAUCAAAAUGGAGAUUGUUUGCAAAGAAAGCACUCGGCGAAAGGGAGAUAAGUAUGUAGACAUUCUGCCUUGGACAAGAACACUAAUAAAGCUUAUGAAUUGCACAUAUUAUAUACUUAUGAAGUAAAUUGUAAGUAAAGUUUUGUGAAAUUCGAGUUAAGAACUAGAAUUUUCAAUUUUAGAUGUAUAAAUAGAUAUUUAUUGAGCUUAUCAUGUAUAAAAUGAUUUGUUCAAAAUAUUAAUACUUGAAACGUUGUAAAUGUUGUUUGAUUUACGGUACUUAUUUGUAUAUAUGAUUAUUUUUGUAUUUUAUACGUUCUUUUUCCAUAUAAUAUUUUAUAUGAAUGUAAAAAGCAUUUGUGUGUAGCACCUACAUUCAAACACAAACCUUUCAUUUUUUGUAUAAAUUAUUCAUAUUCUAGUCAUUUAUCAUUAUUUUGUAAUAGAUUCGAUUGAUAGUAUUAAUUCUGCUUGUAAUAAAGGCACAAGAAAGACAUUUGAUGAAAAAUUCACUUGAAUAUAAUAAUUCUAUAAUCUUUUCUGUUUAUAAGAGAGAAGUGACAUAUUUUGAUGAAUAAAAAUAGAUUUAUCCUGUCCGUUAGUAUGAAUAAUACAAAUUUUAUUUUGCUAGGGUGAUGUUGCAGGCUUGUGCAUGGGUAAUUGGAAGAUGGUGUGGAUGAGUAGAUCUACAGCUUUACGUACUUAAGUACUCUUUUGAAUGGGAGUGCAUCAGGUUUUUUAACAAGUUGACUUUUCAAAUCAAAUCAUUGAUUUGUCUUCUCUAAAAUAUAUUUUUUAAAAUACUUGUGAGUAAUUGAAUAUAAAUUGAAAUAGCACUAAAUCCAAAAAAUAGAUUACCACUGUCCCUGCAAGAUAAAAAAAUUGAUCUUUUUUCUCUGGCUAUACAACUCAAUUCAGAUUAUAACCGCCCUCGACUUACUUCUCUUGCUGUAUCUAUAUAUAUUUCCUUCCAUCACCAUCUAGAGAGAAGAGUGUUCCAGGUGGACUGUACAUCUUACCCUGAAACUCGCUCCAGAGUGAUUUAGUAUCUGCAUGAUGAUACAAUUCACUGCCAGACUCCUGCUAUCUGUACACCACCACAAUUCUCAGGACCUUUCUUCGAAAUACACUAAUUUUCUCAGAAUUUAACGAAGUUUCUUUCAAGUUGUUACAUUAUACUGUUGUUACAAUGAUCAAAACUAUUUUAUCGACUCUUAUUUGAAAUGUUCUUUCUGGUAUUUUCGUCAUCCGGUCAAUCACUUGACUACUUUAUUAUCCAUUCCAUUAGUAAAGGAGAAAAAAUAUGUUUUACUCUGAGCAUUCCAAGAUUUUAAAUUAUCAACUUUAUAUUAUAAUAAUGUUCAGAACAUGAUGCCACUCACUGUCCAAAGAAUUCGAUUAAUUUAUUACCAACACUAUGAUAUAACUUGAUUGAGAAUCAUUAAUAUUCAAGCAUGAAAAUUAAAAAAGGAACUUCCUUUCGACUUUAUUUUUGUCUCAUAAUCUUAUUUAUUCUUAAUAUUAUAUCACUGUUUAUUCAUCAAUGUUUUACAUUUAUAAUAUUCUUCAAACAUCAAUAUUCUCAUCGUAAAUUGAGAAAUUGAAAAAGAGCGCUUUACCAAUUACCAAAGAACGUCAGUCUAUUGAAACUUUCAUGUGUAAUAAUCGAAAGAUGAAGAAAUUUAGCUAUUAAUUAAUGUUCUUUGAAAGAAGUCAAUGUAAGUAUUAAUCUUGCCAUGACAAAUAUAAAACAUAAAGAUGAAUUGAUUAUUGCCAUAUAUAGUAUUAUAACAUUUCUUUCUAAAUAUUUACUGAAUAAAGUGCGUACAGUAAUAACAUUUAAAACUUGAAAUACAUGUUUAAAUUUGUAUGUUUUAUGAAUCUCAACUUGAAGCCAUUUUCUAAUUAAAUUUAAAAAAUAAUUCAAGGUCAUUUUUACUCUGGUAACUAUAGAUUCUCUAAUUCACGUAUUGAAGGCAAGAAAUCAUCCUGUGAAUCAAUUAAUUUUCAUGUAUUUUGAGUCAGAAACACUAGUUUUCUAUGAGUAUUAUCUUAUUGACUGUACAGUUGACAAAAUAACCAUCCAUGUUAAAAAUAAUGCACGCCAAUAUUAAAAUUAUUUUCAUUCAAAGAAAAUUAAUUAAAUUUAUUCCGCUUUCUAUAAAAGUAUAAGAGGAAUAUUGUCAUAUUGGUGUUUUGAUUGUUAUAUAUUUAAUGUGUAUAACGUUUCAUCGAUUCAACUCUCAAUUAGUGGGCAUUUUCUAAAUUUUGACACAUAAUUUCUGUGCAGUAUAAAUAAAUUUAACAAAAAAUUAUAAGUUUCAAGUGAAAAAUAUGUUAGACAAUAAUAAUAAACUCUUAUAAACGA